CAGCCUCACUUUCCUAACAAGGGAGUGAAGGGAAGUUAGUCCGUCAGCCCGCUGCAGGUGAGCUCCAUCUCGGGCUGGAUUUCAGACUCAUCAGAGGAGCUGUGAGGGAAUGCUUCCCCCAUCAUCCCCUCUUCUCUCAUCCAGCAUCUCUGCCGACCAAGGGCUUGCCUUUUAAGCUCUCCCAUUUUUGCCUUGGAUGGAAGCUCUGUGGUCACGGCAGUGUUUCCAGCAGGAAUUCUGACAUUGUCUAGCAAAAUGCCUCCCAGUGGAUCAUUCGCAAAGAGUAAUUCUUCAGUGUCCGAGUCAAAGGAAGCCUGUGGAGACUGCGACAGAAUCAUGAAUAAACUGGAGGACCAGCAGGACCAGAUGAUACCAUGAAGAGAAGUUUACAGGCCCUCUAUUGCCAACUGUUAAGCUUUCUCCUGACCUUGGCACUGACCAAAGCACUGGUACUCGUUGUCCAGGAACCAUCUCCCAGGGAUUCUCUGCAGACCCUCCCCUCAGGCAGCCCCCCAGGCACCAUGGUGACAGCACCUCACAGCCCUACUAGACUCUCCUCUGUGGUGACACGGAACCCUACACCUGAUGGACCCUCAUCACAGGCUGCAGCUACUAUGGAAACUACAAUAUCUCAUCCAGCAGGGCACCCUCCUACAGACACCAUGUCCACAGUUACGGUGACAGCUGCCAUCCCCCAUCCUGAAAGCCCUCUCCCCACAAGUUCCUCUCCAGCUGCCAUGGCAACCACAUCCUCCCACUCAGAGAGCCGCAGCCCAGGGGAUGCUGCCCCCACCACUACCCUGCCAACAAAGCCAGCAGGAACCACCAGCCGCCCCACAAUGUCCCCACGGGCCACCACUCGUAGGCCCCCCAGACCCCCAGGCUCUUCCAGGAAGGGGGCUGGUGGUUCAUCUCGCACUCUCCCGCCUGUACCCGGUGGCCACUUGGCAAGGAAGGAAAGCCAGAGGGGACGAAAUCAGAGCUCAGCACAUCUGGGACCCAAGCGUCCUCUGGGGAAGAUCUUCCAAAUCUACAAGGGUAACUUUACGGGGUCUGCGGGGCCAGACCCCUCUGCUCUCGCACCCAGGACCCCACUUGGGGGCUACUUCUCUUCGACACAGCCUCAGACAGUGUCUCCAGCUACAGCACCCAGAAGCACCUCAUGGGUGCCCCCCACAACUUCCCUGGUACCUGCAAAGAACAAGCCAGGCCUUAUCAGAGCUAACCAGGGGAGUGACCCCACAUUUACCAGCCCAGGAGGGGAGCCAGAUGCCACAGCAGCCUCAGGUGCCCCUGCCAGUACACAGCCUGCCCCAGUGCCUUCUCAGAGCCCUCAUGGUGACGUGCAGGACAGCGCCAGCCACAGUGACUCUUGGCUUGCUGUCACCCCUAACACUGACAGACCCACAUCUGCCAGCUCUGGGGUCUACACGGCUGCCACAGGGCCCACCCAGGCUGCCUUUGAUGCCAGUGUCUCAGCCCCUUCCCCGGGCAUCCCUCAGGGACCAUCUGCAACCCCUCAGGCCCCAACCUGGCCCUCUGGGGUCUCAGAAAGCACUGUUUCUCCAGCCAAGGAAGAGGCUGAGGCCUCCCCCACAACUGACAGGGGGCCCAGACCUCUCUCCACAGUGCUGUCCACAGCCACGGGCAACUUCCUCAACCGCCUGGUCCCCGCUGGGACCUGGAAGCCAGGAACCGCAGCCAACAUCUCCCAUGUGGCUGAAGGGGACAAGCCCCAGCACAGAGCCACCAUCUGCUUGAGCAAGAUGGAUAUUGCCUGGGUCAUCUUGGCCAUCAGUGUGCCCAUCUCUUCCUGCUGCCCAGCAACUGGCAAUGCAGCAGGUGUUUGGAAAGGUUGGAUCUUCUGGGGGAACCUGCCGGGCUUUGAUCGCUUCUCAGAACCCACCGAGCCCUGUCGUGUGAACAGUACACUUCAUACCACCGUCCUGUUGACAGUGUGCUGCAUGAAGAGGAAGAAGAAGACGGCCAACCCCGAGAACAACCUGAGCUACUGGAACAACGCCAUCACCAUGGACUACUUCAACCGACACGCAGUGGAGCUCCCGAGGGAGAUCCAGUCCCUAGAGACCUCAGAGGACCAGCUCUCAGAGCCCCGCUCCCCAGCCAAUGGCGACUAUCGAGACACUGGGAUGGUCCUCGUGAACCCCUUCUGCCAGGAAACACUGUUCGUGGGAAACGACCAAGUUUCUGAGAUCUAGCUGCAGCAGCUUCCGCUUUGCCACUCCCUAUUUUUGUCUCUAAAUUAUAAAUAUACAAAUAUCUAUAUAUAUAUAUUAUAAAUAUAACCUUUGUGUAACCCUGACUUAAUAAGAGACAUUUUCAGCUUUUUUUCUUAAGAAUUGUCAACAUCUUUUUUACAAGUGUGGUUUAAAAAAAAAAAAUUUACAGAAUGACCCAUGGGUUUAUAAAAUAAAGGUAUUUCUAAGCAAAGCGGUUGCACUGAUUGCUUCUCUCAACUGUUCUGAGCAUGCAGAGGUUCCAGGAGCCCUGGGCAGGUGAGGAAAGAGACCAGUCUCCCGUGGAAGCUGAAUGCUAGUAUGGCCAAAUGAGUGGUCAUUUGUGCGGUGUUGACACUCUGGUUCCCUUGGCUCAGCGUGCCCACAUCUCCUGUCUUUUUGUAUGUAUCUUAGGGGUGGGAACCGGGGCACCACAGCAGAAGACACAGGCAAGGUUACAAAACAGAAGGGAGCUUGUCAGCCUGGAGCCUCACAGUACCAUCACUGGAUGUCGAGUUUGACAAGAUCAGUGAAGGGCAUCAGGCAUCAAGACCCUCCACCCCACAGGAUGCUCUCGCCAUACGAGAGAAAACAAAAACAAAAAACGGGACUGCCUUUGUCUGGCAGAACAAUGGUCCCUAGAAACCCUUCUUGGCCUCACCUGCCCCGGAUGCCCUCCCUGCCUCUCUUCCUGGAGGACAGAUGCAGAUCUCAGCCCAGGGGCUGUGCGGCCCUUGCCCUUCCCUGUUCAAGGGUCGUUUGUUGGGCUUCGGUAUUGCUUUCUCCAAAGGCAAUGAAUUGUGCCCCCUGAGAAACAGGUUUAAUCUAUUAAGCCUUGUGGUGUAGAACUAUUUUUUUUUAACCUUCCCCCAUUAAAUCUUUAAAGAAAAAAAGAUUGCCAAAUGACUCACUUGAAAGAAGUGCCAUUCUAUCUCCAGGCAGAAGCAUGGCAGACCUGCCCACUGCUUUCAUGGUCCCCUGCCCCUCCCCUCUUGUUCCCCUGGGUCCAGGUCCAGCUAGCCUUCCCAGCCCACACUGCACCAGUGUGGCCAACAUGGAGCAGACUCGCAGAGACCCAAGAGGGGCUUCUGGAGCCAAUCGCAUUCUCUGUUUCCUAACCCACCGUGGCUAGGGAUUUAACUUCAGCCCCUCCCCCCUUCUCUAAAAGAAAAAUAGUUUGAUAGUAUAUUUUGAAUAUAGAUGUUCUUAUCAGAUUGGAGCCUGAAUUUGACUGUUGAUUUCGAUGUCUGUGUUGUUGCUGUGGUCUUCUCAUCAUGACUGCCUCUCUUCUUCCAUUCCUCCUUUCCAAAAGAAAGACGGCCUUCAAAACUAAUGUGUGUUCUCAAUGUUAUGUGGACCUACUUAACACGAGUCUGCUUGUCUCUCUUCAAAGACUUCAGCCCACAAAGAAGCAGGUUAAAUGUUGUGCCGAGAUUUCGCUCUCUAAUGUGUUGCUGUCUGACCUUAACCUUCUCAUAAUAUUUCUGUUAGCUACUGCAUUAACUAUACCAAUGUGUGUGAGUAUGUAUUGAGAAAAACAUGUUUGUAAAGUAAAAUUUAUAUAUAAUAUAUGUCAUCAAAGAUACAUAUGUUAUAUAUACAUUUGUGGAUGUAUGACUUAUUUUUCCGUAUCCACAGAAUUCAGCUACCAUGUAUAUAUAAAUAAACUUAUUUUAUUACCCAGAGGA